CCGGAGUCCGCAGUCCUGUCCGGGGCGCGGUGGAGGGAGCACACACCAGGCCUGAACGCGUGCAACCCAGGCCGAGGACCUCCGCCCCCAGGACCCCCCGCCCCGCGGUGACGCUCCCAGCGGAACCACAGCCACCCCCGCAGGAGCGGGAGCCUCCAGGCCACCAGAUGUUUGCCAUCCAGCCAGGGCUAGCAGAGGGGGCCCAGUUCCUGGGGGGCCUGCCUCCAGGAGUAUGUCAGCCUGAGCUCCAACCAGACAGCAAUUCCAACUUCAUGGAGAGUGCCAAGGAUGCCAAUGAGAAUUGGCAUGGGAUGCCCAGCAAAGUGGAGCCCAUCCUGAUGAGGAGCUCCUCUGAGUCACCCUCUGAUAACCAGGCCUUUCAAGCCACUGGGCUUCCUGAGGGGGGAAUCCGCAGCCCCCCAGAGGGUGCAGAGAUUCCUGGUGCUGAGCCUGAGAAAUUGGGAGGUGCCGGCAGUAUCUGCUCCCCUCUGGAGGACAUCGGCUAUGCCAGCAGCACCCUGAGCAUCGAUAGCCUUAGCAGUCCAGAACCUGCCUGUGGGACUCCUCGAGGUCCAGGCUCUCCGGAUCCCCUCCUACCCUCAGUGGCCCAGGCUGUACGGCAGCUCCAAGCUCAGGAGCGCUACAAAGAGCAGGAGAAGGAGAAGCACCAUGUGCACUUGGUGAUGUACCGUCGCUUGGCACUGCUCCAGUGGAUCCGGGCCCUGCAGCACCAACUGGUUGAUCAGCAGGCCCGACUGCAGGAGAGCUUUGACACCAUCCUAGACAACCGAAAGGAACUUAUCCGCUGUCUCCAGCAGAGGGAAGAAUCUUCCAGGCACCAGGACCAGGGCUAAGUGUGUGUACCAGUGUGCAAGGGUGUAUGUGUAUACUUGGCAGAUGUGUGUGUGGUUGUAUACAAGUAAGUACAUGAUUAUUAGUUGGCAUGAGUGCAGGUAAGAAUAACUGUUUAUGUGCUAACAUUUAGCCAGGUGUGUGUAGGCAUGUGUGAAUGAGCUUAUAUGUGCUUUGUGUAGCAUGUAUGUUUUUGUAUGUGUGUGUGAAUAGGUAUGCAGGAAUGUGUAUAUGUUCCUGAGUAAGGAUGUAUGUGCAGAAGAUAUGUAAGCAUUUGCAUCGGGUGGACUGUACAGGCUUGUUUUGGGUAUGAAUGAACCUUUGUGUGCCGAGACUUCAUGUGCCAGUGCUGACAUGAGAAGCAUAUAUAUGUUAGGAACAUGUGUAUUUGCAGAGAGACUUAUAAACAGGUGUGUGUGAAUACAGUCAACUUUACCUGCAGGGGAUCUGUCUAUACCUGUGCUCCCCAAAGCCUACCCCAACCUUUUUCUCCAGAGUCUCACUGCUUCCUGGAGAAAGAAGCCUAUCUUAUUGUCAUUUAUCUGAAAGUCGUGGUUGAUCCAUUCUCCGGGAUUUUUCCAUGAUACCUUUCCUUCUCCCUUCCUCUCACUCAACUCAGACCUUGCUUUGCCAGGUAGGCUGCUGUCCCUGAUACUGGCUUUUCCUAUAAGAGGUUUUUUUUUUUGUUGUUGUUGUUGUUGUUUUUUUUUGUUUUGUUUAUUGCCAUGCUAAGGAUUGAACCAAGAGCCUUGUGCAUGCUAGGCAAAUGUUCUACCACUGAGCUACACCCCCAACCCUGAAAGAGGCUUAUUGGCUGCUCUGGCCUUCCUUGGUACCUUUGCCUACAGUAUGGUCAGGGCAGCUGGUGGAGAGUUGGGACUGGGGAGGGAACUGGCAUGGUAGUAGAGACCAUGGCAGGGGUAGGAGUGGGGAUACAGGAAGAGAGGGGAUGGUCCUCUUGAACUCUGCCAUGGGAGCUGGGGGUGGGAGAGAUGACAGUGGUAGAACGCAGUGAAGAAUAGGACAGUGGAAUUCCAAAACAAACGAUACCUCUCCAUUGAAGAGAGGUCAAAUCCGUAUUUAAGCUUCUGAUAAAAAGGAAUGUGUGCUUGUAAGGUAAUAGACCAGGUGCACCAAGAUUGUUUCCUCCCUUGACCUUGCUGUGCCUACUUUGCUUUAGCAACAAUUGGACGGCCAGUCAGUUUGUUCCAUUUCUCUGAAAUCAGACUGUCGGGAGGAGCCAGAGCUCAGCUCUCCAAGGGGGCAGGGAGCAGUGUCAGUCCAGCCUCCUAAUGCUCUUAGGAUGCUUGGUUAUAUUCUUUCGAUACAUGGCCCCUUAAAUAGGGAUUGAUAGGCUCCACCAGAAGCUCCAUGGGCUGGAGAGUGAAUGAAUGUCGGGGAGAACCAUGGUAGUGGAGCCUGCUGCUUUGUUUUGGGUACCAAGAGAACACAAGAUCCUAGUGGAUGAGAAAUGGCAUGAAGAAGGAACAGUAGCAGGUGACCAGUGAUGUAGAAGUCACUGACAUUGACUCUGCCCUUAGUCAAAAUGUGGGGGCUCUUCCGUUCUAUCUCCAAAGAGUUCUCUCCUUGAUGGGUAAAAUGUGGGACCUGGGGACUUUCUAUAGUUCUUACAUGUUGAAUGUGAACCUGGCCUCUGAUCAAGAAUGAAUAAACUGAGGCAGAA